CGGCGGGAGAUGCAGCAGACAGCAGCUCAAGCAUCACCGGCUCUCAGCUCUCAAACACACAUAUACCGGCAACAGAAGCAGCAUCAGCACCAUGGUUCUCAUCUGGACUCAGUUCGGCGUCAAACACAAGAAUGUCAAGUGCAAAGUGCGAGUGAUCCACGGAGAGGAGGGAUCAUAUACCUCAGAGGAGGUGCGCGAGGAACCUGAGGUGUCUAGCCCUCCACCCUCACCAGAGUGUGUGGAUUACUACUCAGUGCUCGGCGUUUCAAACGACUCCAACGAGGAGGAGAUUAGAAAGGCGUACAAGCGUCUGGCGCUCCGUUACCACCCAGACAAGAACUCAGACGCAGACGCCGAGGACAAGUUCAAACAGAUCGCUCAAGCCUAUGACGUCUUGACAGACCCUGAGAAACGUAACAUCUAUGAUCAACAAGGGUUGACCAAAGGGGGUGUGGCUCCAACAUGCAACAAAACAGACCCCUCCCACAACUCAAAAGCCGACGCCCACUCCUGGCACAUGUUCUUCAACUUUGACUUAGACUCCGAUGAUGACCUGUUCAACCCAUUCACGAGGAACCCCCUGCCCCACCUCAGCCGCCACCACGGCAACAAAGGCGGGCUCAAGCCAGCGGGCGUGGCCGAAGUCCACGAUCUCUCAGUAUCAUUGGAGGACAUUCUGAUGGGCGUGACCAAGCGUGUAAAACUGACACGCCUGCGUCAGACAGACAAACACACGUUGAAGCCUGAAGAGCGCGUGUUCGAUGUGGAGGUGAAGAAAGGAUGGAAGGAGGGCACCAGGAUCACCUUCCCCAAUGAGGGUCAUCAGAUGCUCGGCCACGCCCCGAACGAUCUAGCCUUCGUUAUCAAGGAGAAGAAACACGCCCAUUUCAGACGAGACGGCUCGCAUAUCGUGUACACCUGCACCAUCACUCUGCGAGAGGCUCUAUGUGGGUGCACGGUUAACGUCCCUACGCUUGACGGACAGAUGAAGCCCCUCCCAUGCAGUGAUGUCAUCAAGCCCAGCUCAGUGAGGCGGCUUAUAGGGGAGGGGCUUCCCAGAGCGAAGAACCCCGCCCAGCGUGGUGACCUGCUCGUUGAAUUUCAAGUGGUUUUCCCUGAUCGUAUUCCCCCGAGCAGCAAGGAGAUCAUCAAACACAGCUUGGGACAGUGUUAAGUGAUGAAAACACACUAAAUUCAGUGAUGACUUUAACGUCAGCUGUUUGUCUCUGUGAGGCACACACACUCAAGUGAGAGAUGGGAUGCUCACGCUAAGAAAUUACACAUUGGGUAUGUUAUACCUGCGUUAAGUGUGAUUUGACAGAGAUGAAGUGAACGAGGCGCACGCAUUGAACACUUACACACACAUCUGUGCUCUGAUGAAGUGCAGAGGUGCUAUUCUGAAGUGUUAGCAUACUUCUUUAACCAUGACGAUCUUGUACUCGCGUACAGAACUGUCAGUGAUUUAGUCUCUAUGAGAGAUCCCUGUGUCAUGUUCCAAUGAAUUAUUUGUACAAAGUUAUACAGAGAAAAUGUGACUUUAUGAUAUGAUGCCUGGCAUGUAUGAUACACGCAUGUUUUGUAAGCAGAAAUAAAGUUUUGUUAUUGAAAUUAC